AUGGAUUCAUCGCGAGUCGCCACAAGAACGCCUGUGACGGUGAAUCUAAAGGCCAUUGAGGCCACCCCGGAGAGCUUCGCGGAGUUCGGCCAGGUGAUAUCGGUCUCUCCGGACGGGGAGGAGUUCGGGCCGAAUGAUGCACAGCUGGAGCUCCACCGCGGUGUCCCAAGGCAUCCUCAUACUUUCUCUUCGUGGUUUUGAAUCUGCAACUUCUUUGCCGUAUUUGGCGUUCUGUUUCGGUUUCACCCCGUGCCAGACUGUUCUUUCUCUUCUUCUUCUUCUUCUUCUUCUUCUUCUGACUUCCUCGCGGUAAUCAUCUCGUUCUCAAUUCGAAGUGUACACACGAUGAAAUCUCCACGGUGAAUUGUGAGAUGUUUGAUGAGUAUUAUCAAAUUACCAGGGGGUUCUGCUGGUUCUACUCCCUUGCCUCUCGUCCUUUUGGCUGAUUCGACGAGUUCCAUUGGUUUCCUGACAAAUCAACAGACAAAAUAUUUGGUUGGAAAAUGAUUUGUUGUUAUUUUUUUGCUCGCAGAUCCUAAAUUUUCUUAAAAAAAUAUCCUGCCAACUGAAUGAUUCAAUCUCCUUUGAUUCCUCGAACUUUCCACAAUCUCUCCAUGAAGGGAAGGCACAUCUCGGUCAAUCACCCGCUGUUGUUCUUCAAUUUCCCUAAUAUUUCUUUCAUUCGUAAUAGGUUCUACAUCAUGCGUCUACAAGAGCGCGAGCUCAAGUUCGCUAAUAUCACUCACCAUGCCAGUGUGACCCAAUGCCUCGGUGCCAUUGGCGGUGACGAAUGGUAUCUUGGAGUGGCCAAGGCCUCCAUCUGUGAUGGGGAGACGGCGAGCGACACGGGCAAGAAGGUUUCAAAGGCGGCCUCUGGGCACUGCUAUUUGCCUCCCCACCCUAACGAUGUAGUCGCCUUCAAAAUAGCCGGCCCCAAGUUUCUGAAGUUGAACGUCGGGACAUGGCAUGCUGGGCCCUUGUUCAGAAAGAAGGCCAUGGAUUUCUACAAUCUAGAGCUCUCAAACACCAAUGUAAGUGCUUCUUCUUCGUUAAUUCGCUUCCCUCUCAUGUGUACUCCUAAAGUGGACUUUAUCUUUAGCUGCUUGGUUUAGGAUUUAAGGUUGUGUUUAUGUUCUUAAAAAUUCUUCUGAUUUUCUUCAGCAAAAGUCAAUACCGAUAAUGAGAUCUUCUGUUUUUUAGCAUACUUUGUAUAUGAUCAUAUACUGUCUAUGCCCAAUUAUUUCCAUUAGUUUCAUCUCCUGUUAAGUAGGCUGGAUUUUAGGCAUUUGGUUCAUGUUCUUCUUUAUGAUUUUGAUUCAUGCCAAGAUAGAAGCCUUUUUUCUUCAAAAAUCUCUCCAGUUCCUUUGAUAUGAAUGUGAGGCCAAUAAUAAAAAAAAUCCAGUUCUUUCACUUUGUUCCUUUACCCAGAAAAGUGGUCUGGAUUUUACUCAUGCAUUUGAGAUUUCUAGAAAUCACGCAGAGAUACUCUCGUACCGAAUUGGGCAGUUCAUCAGCAUUCCCGGCUGUUUAGUACAUACAGUAAAGAGAUCUCUGCUUUAAUAGCUACCCAAUACUAAAAAAUAACUCAAGAACAUGAAGAGUAAGAGGAGAAUUUUGCAUGGUUCUAACCUAUACUUACCACAAAAUAAAAUAAAAUAAAAAAGUAUGCCUACCUGAUCUGAACGCUUCAGCCCAGCUCUGAAAUCCCCUUUCAGAACUGAAAUCUCAUGGCCCAAUCUAUCCAGGGAAGCCCAGAGGUGCUACUAAUUUCUUCGCACGUGUGGUUUGGCCCUGCAGGUGUUGGAUCACACUAUGCACAAUUUCUCGAAGGAAAAUGGGGUGGUCUUCUUGAUCGAAGACGAUUAA